UACAGACUGUUUACAAGUGCGAACAAGUAAUCGGAGGAGUAACUUCAGCGUUCAAGUCAAUUUGGAUACUAGCAUUGAAUUUCAGAUGUAUUCAGGGGGGAAACUCAACAAUACUGUCCACAUGCCUUUAUCAGAAUUCAGUGCAACGACCAACCUGCCGGGAUUCUACGGCGUUACAGACUCCGUCCGUCCGAGGACGGACAGUGUGGCAUUGCUGACCCACCGCAGAAAGAGGACUAACUUCACCCAGCAGCAGAUCGAGGUCUUAGAAAAGGUCUACUCCGAUACCAUGUAUCCAGACAUAUACCUUCGCGAAAGACUGGAGGCUCUGACGGGACUGCCGGAAUCCAGAAUUCAGGUGUGGUUCCAAAACAGACGAGCAAAAUCCAGACGUCUAACGGGGAUCCCCGCAUCAUUGAAGCCCAGCAGCCCCAGCCAUCCGUUAAAGCAGCUCCAGAAUAGGAUGCCGGCAGAGAUGCAGAUAAUGGCCCAUUACACGCCGGGAAAGGACUUCAGAACCCCAUUGACCAGCAUUACGGAAGAUGCGCGGCCGAAGGCCAGACCCACGCACUGCAACAGCUACGGGCAUUACGAGGCAGCUGACGGGCACCAGCAGACAGAUACCGGUGCUGCGGCGGUAGCUCACAGCGGUGUCUUGCAUUACCGCAAAGAAAACGCGCACCUUCUGCAGCACAGCGUCAGUAACCAGCCCAAUCAUGUUCUGGUGGACUACGACAACUUCCCUCCGAACAAGACUAUCGGACCCGAGAUGAAAGUUGUGAUCCCCCCAUUGCCUUCAUGUACCACCUUCAGCAGGUCACCACCCAAGGGAUCGAUGCCCCCAGUCGGGGCUAUGCGGAUGGAGACCGGGCUGGGCGGCUUCCGAAGUUUCUCUCCAAUCAAUGACUCCGAGUCUGGCGACAAACUUUCGGAUUCCGAUUCCGACUGGGAAACCGGAACGAUAUCUGACUUUAACGACUUCAUUUAUAAUUAGUAAUUUCGACAAAAAAAUCGUGUUUUUAUUUUAAAUAUGUAUUCACAUCCGUAAUUAGAAAUAUUGCUCUGUUCAUAUUUUUCGCCGAAAUUAUUUAUUGUAUU